GACCAUAGACAUUUUUUGAGGUUGGCACCGCUGCAGUAACUACGUGGUCGCAAUAUUACGGAAAUGUAAACAUGCACAGAUAAUUCUCAGUUAAUUUUUCCAUAUUUGGUGCUUAGAGUUAAACAUUUUAGGCUUAUCAUUAUACUAUUUCAAAAUAACAUACAUCUGAGUUAAUAUCUGAUUGCUAACGCUGCCACUGCAAGAUUUUUAUUUUUCUGUCACUGUAGUGAAGAUAGGCAAAAGCGUCACCGAGUGCUGUAGAAUUUCAAGUCUGUUAAUGGCGGACGCUAAUAAUUUUGGAAGUUUCGUGAUUCUAUUGUUCUGUUUUUGAAUAUUUCAUCUAUCUAUAGAUUAUAGUAUGAGUUUAGCAAUAAUUGAUCACAUCGGUAGUGUUGUAAAUGUGAAAGUGAUAUGAAAUGUUCAGUGUGAACAUGACAAAAGCGCCCGCUAGAUAUGUAACCUUUUCCAUAACCUCGUUUACGCCAAUGGAGUAGAUAUGUGAUCGAUGUGUGUGCGUCGGUGAACGAUUUUUCGUCAGUUUUGUGUUACAAUUUGUGCAAAGUUAUUCGGCAUAAUAGUGAUGGAAGUGUCCGCGUCGCGGUUUUGCAAUCCGACGCCCGUUUUCGAUGUAACGUAAGUGAGCCGGUCGAUCGCUAGAGCGAGUGUAAGCAGGGACGGCCGCAACCAGCCGAACAUGGCUGCGACGCAGGCAGAGUCUCAGCGUAGCGAAGUGAACGUAGAUCAGAGUCCAUCGGAGCAGCUCAGUGAAUCGCGGAGCGCUCUAUUACAAAACGGCACUGACAAGAGCGUAGGGCGCGUUCCGCCCGAUGGCGUUGUGAACACAAAGAGUAAAUCGCCGAUGUCGGCCGAUCCGGGGCAGCCACGCGACGGUGGCGAGGCGCCCGGCCACGACCGGGGCGGCGAAAGGCCGGGGCCGGACCAAUACGGCCAAUAUCGAUACCCAGAGGGUGCGGACCCGUAUUAUGCCGCGAGGCCUGGAUUUCCCGGUAAACCGCGGCCGCCGCCGCAGCAGAGGUUCUUUCCGGGCCAGCCUGCGUCACAGGCACCAGGCCCGACACCCACACUCAAUUCCUUGUUGCAAUCGAGUGGUGCGCCGCCACACCGCUAUCCCAAUAGCUACGAGCAGCCGCCGGCGGGCUAUGGGCCCGCGCCCGGCUGGCCACCGCCGCGACCGAUGCCUCCCUAUAAUCCCCAAGGAGGACCUUACAGAAAUUCUACGCCGGCGAGGGGGUAUGGCGGUCCUCCGUACGGCGGGCCUGGCGGACCCGGCGGCGGCCAGCAGCCCGGUUACGGCCCGCCCGGCGCGUACCCUCAGCGGUACCCACCGCCGCCCAAUUCGCGACCGCCCUUCUCACCACAUCAGGGUUAUGAACGUGGCGGAUCCCCGCAACCGCCUAACCACCCGUCGGGCGCGCCAAGUCCGGGCGCCGUGCCCACCGCCGGACCUCUAUCGCCCUCGCAUGACUCGCAGCACCCUCCACAUCUACCGCCUGCCUCGCAACCUCCGCACCAGGGCUACCCGCCGCCGCCGAGACCUCCGCAACCGUCCACACCUAAUGCACAUGAUCCCGACUCGGAUCUGACAGGUCAGAACAGCAAUGACUCGGGCGGCAGCGGCAGCGGCGGCGCGGGGCGCGCGACCACGCCACACCUGAGGCCUACGCCCAGCCCCACCGGCUCCAGCGGCUCGCGCUCCAUGUCACCGGCUGUCGGAACUCAAAACGUACCAAUGCCCCCGCGGCCGUCGUCAUCGCUGUCAGACGGCGGCGGACCGGCGGCGCGCGGAGCGGGCCCCGCGGGCGCUGCGCCCGGCGCCAUGGUGGCGCAACCCUAUCACCACGCGUACAAGGCGGCGCACUACCCACCGCAGCCCUACGGCUAUCCGCCGCGCAACCACCACCCCUACCCCUACGCCGGCUACCGGCCUGCGCCGCCGCCGCACCCCCCACAUCCGCCACAGCACUAUCCACCACUCAAGGGAGCGCGACAUAUGGGGCCCCCGGGCGAAGCGAUGCCGCCCCCGGUGGCGCCGGGCGAGCACGACAACGGUCCCGCCGCGCCUGCCACCGCGCUCGUUACCACCGGACCCGACGGCGCGCCGCUCGACGAGGGCAGCCAGCAGAGCACGCUCAGUAACGCAUCCGCCGGUACUUCGUCGGGCGAGGAGCAGUGCGGGUCUAAAGGGCGCAAGGAGGUGGGUCCGGGCAGCGCGGCGCCCUCGCCCUCGCCCGGCGGCGGCUCGCACUCCUCCAUGCACGAUGACUACGACGCGCCCGCAGCCUGGCGCCCGCCCUCUAGUCCCGUGUUUAACAGUCACAUACCGCCGGAGUCCUACAGAUCAAAGAAGUCCGACUCGCUGGGCAAGCUGUACGAGAUGGACGACGCGCCGGAGCGGCGUGGCUGGGUGGAGCGGCUGCUGGCCUUCAUGGAGGAGCGGCGCACGCCCAUCGCCGCCUGCCCCACUAUAUCCAAGCAGCCGCUCGACCUCUACCGCCUCUACCUGCUGGUCCGCGACCGCGGGGGAUUCGUUGAGGUCACAAAGAACAAAACGUGGAAGGAUAUAGCGGGUCUGUUGGGAAUCGGCGCCUCGUCGUCAGCGGCCUAUACGUUGCGGAAACACUAUACAAAGAAUUUGCUCGCAUACGAAUGCCACUUCGACCGCGGAGGAAUCGAUCCCCAGCCUAUUAUCAACCAAGUGGAGGCUUCGACCAAGAAGAAGGGGGGCAAAUCUAAUAAUACUGCAAGUGCUGCAGGGUCAUCGAACUCGCAAGAUUCGUUCCCGUCCGGGGGCGGCGGCGGCGCGCCCGCGGCCCCCGGCAUGGACGGCUACGGCGCGCAGUACGCCGGCUACCCGCCGCCCAGCACGCAGCCGCAGGGCGGCGGGCCGGGCGGCGACAACCUCGCCGCCUCCAACCCCUUCGACGAGCCGCCGGGGCCGCGCAGACCCCCAGGUUACCAACAAGGAUACGGGUAUGAAUACGGAUCUCCAUACCCAUCGAAUAGGCCUGUUUACCCUCCUUAUGGUCCAGAAGGUGACAGAGCGUACGGCAGCGGCGAGUACCGGUACGGGGGGUACGCGGGCGGGUACCGCGCGGGCGCGCCGCCGCCCCCCGGCACGCCGCCCCCCGCGCAGCCCUACCCAGACUACUACCGCGCGCAACCCGCGCCGCACCCGCACCCGCAGCACGCCCCGCACCCGCAGCACGCGCCCCACGCCCCGCACGCGCCCCACGCGCCGCACGCCCCGCACGCGCCCCACGCGCAGCACUCGCCGCACCCGCAGCAUCCGCAGCACACGCCCCCCAUCGAGGUAUGACAACUACUUACUCUACAUACACCUAUUGUCUUAUUAUAUCUUACAGCAACUUAUAGCCGUGCUAUAUCGUAGUAUGAUAUCUGGAAAUGAUGGAGGUCUAUGGAAUGAUCUACUAAGCAUACUAUAAGAUACUUUUAUUGUCGAUACAUCACUUCUUUGAAAGACAUUAUACAAUGCUAUUACUGAUUGUCAGUCUAUAUGUCAUUUGCCACGUCUAGAUCGAUCCACUGAACUCCAUCGUGGCUGUGAAUCAUGUAUGCGGAAUCAAAGUAUAAUACUUCAUCGAAAUUAAUAGGAACAUGUGAAUUUUUACUCGUAAUAU